UAUCCAGUCUCAUCGAAGUUCAGACUGGACGAAAUAUGCAAGUGAAAAAAUAUCGUGUGGGCUGAACUGGAUUAAUCUGGUUCAGGAGAGAGUCAGUGCAGAAUUCUUGUCGAAUUUCCUUAAUAUCUGAAGAGGACAGAACGUGGGAUUUAUAAUUUUGCAAUAUCGUAGAUUUGAACCUACAAAAAAGAAGCCACGGUUGCGACUGUAGGGUGGUGGUUGUGCUGGGCUGCCUAAUCGCUGCGUGAAAAUCAUGUUGAAGCACGCAUGCGGUUGGUCGCAGAGGCCACGUAGCAGUCUUGAGUGAUGACGUGAUGAGAGCUUCGCUGUUGGUUCUGCUCUUGGUGGCGGUGCGUGCAGUGGUCGGCGGAACCAACCGGAGCUUGGUGCCAGAUGACACCGAGCAACUCGGCUCCUGCGUACCCAACAUCCUCGAGGGCGUGUUGGGUUCCGCGAUCAACUUACCGGGUUGGGUUUUCAGUCUGAAGCGGAUCGCCAUGGAAGUGGUAUUAGGGUCCUCCGAGGUGGAACAUCUUCUCAGGACACUGGGAGAACAUCCAGAGCUCUCAGCCAUUGCAGUGUCCUCGCCCCGUCCACCAGUGUAUGCUGCAGUGGUGUACCGCGUUGGCGACCAGAAGAUGCAAGUGCAUCAGCUUAGCAACGUGUCUGCGGUGGACAAGGCUUGGCGGCGUCUGCUGGAUGCUGACUGGAACCACAGUUACAAGGCUUCUAACAUCACAGAUCUCUGGACGCCACUGUUUUUUGACUGCCUUACACAGAAGUGGCUAUUCGGUUAUACAGUCUCAUUGCGCAGAGAAGCAGCAGGCAUCUUCUUUGCAGCAGAUGAAAACCUCGACAUUCAUCAGUGCAAUGAGUCGUUCAACUCGGUGUUCGGGGGCGGCCAUAAAUGUGAUCAAGAGACAACAGAGUGUGUGCCUGCUAAGGGUCUCGGUGUUCGUCGGGGCUACACAUGCACGUGCCGGGCCGGCUACUUCUCCCACGACUUGGAUUUUGCCAAGAGGCAGUUACGGGCAGACGGCAUCGAGGCGACCAUCCUGCCAGGCGACAACACACUCUACAAGUGUGUGCCUUGCCCGGAAGGCUGCGACGUCUGUGGACGGGAUUCCCCCUGCAUGGCGCGACACGACUACCUGCUCCGCACCGUCGUCCUUGGCGUCCAGAUACUCUGCAUGUGCGUCACCGUAGUCCUGGCCAUUGUCGUCUUCACGCAGCGCAAAUGCAAGACCAUAGCUUCCGGAAUGUGGACAAUCUUGGAGACGAUACUUCUUGGAAUAUUUAUCCUGUAUUCAACGGUCGUUGUGAGGUUCUUUGACCCAUCUGUGGAGCAAUGUCUGCUGGAGCCAUGGUGCCGGGAACUGGGCUUUGUUAUCUGCUAUGGCGCUAUCAUACUCAAGCUGUAUAGGAUUUUGAUCGAGUUUCGCACCAGAAAAGCGCACCGCUGGGUGGUUCGCGACAAAGACCUGCUCAAGUAUUUGCUCGGGAUGGUGCUAGUGGUAUUCGGGUACAUGGCUGCUUGGACGGCCACUAAUCUCAACUUCAUACAGGAGAACUAUGACGUCAUCACCAUAGGAACCACGUACGAGGGACUGCAGUUCCUCGCCUGCAAAGCGCUGUGGUGGGACUACGUCACAGAGACAGGUGAAAUCCUUAUCUUGGUGUUCGGGAUUCACCUGAGUUACGCGUGUCGGAACGCCACGACGCAGUUCCAGGAGCGUCGCUUCCUUUGUCUCGCCAUUGUGGUGGAAGCCACCGUGAGUGGUGCCUUCUACGUGCUGCGUAUUGUGUACUCCAGGUCGCUCCACCCAGACUACAGCUUCCUCGCGUAUUUCACACGCAGCCAGCUCACAUCAACCGUCGUAUUGCUCGUCAUAUUCACUCCUAAGCUGUGGUACCAACACAAGCAAGUGACAGACUCUCGGGGAACGAGGCACUACGACUACUCGUGCCGCAUACCUGUUGAUGCUUUCAAGCCACAAGAUGGCAUCACUGGGACCAACAGCAGCGACGUGGAUGUCGGAGAAAUUAAUUUGGCCGACAUGAACCCAGAAGAUAUUAGGGCGGAAUUAAAGCGGCUGUACACGCAACUUGAAGUGCUCAAGAAUAAGACGAUCCGGGCAGACAACCCACAUAUCUCCAAGCGCCGCGGUGGUCGCAAGGUGGCACACCGUCGCUUCUCCUUGCAGAAGAAAGGAAGUAGAGAAAAGCAGGCUCUCCACCAUCGACAUCAGCGCUGUUCGACGAGACACCACGGGGCUGCCGGCGGUGGGGCCACGGACCACGAGACAACGGAAGCGGAAGUGUCUCGAACUCCAGAGGACUCUGUGUGCAGCAUAGAGGGACCCAGUGCAAUCUACAACGACGGGCCAUCCACCUUCAGCGAGGUUGGGUACGGGACUCCGAACGUGUCAUACCGGGUGUCACACAAACAAUGAUACAGUCCGCUGCGUGACGUGACGGUUAUUAAACGUCCGAGGCAACUUCACGGCAACGAGUGGUUCUAGACACUUCUCCCCUUCAGCACAGCCACGGAGCGUCUGGGGCUCUGAGCGAACCCUGGGGUUCUGUUCACCACCAGACUACCUCCAAAGAUGGCUGUCUUCUGGGUUGUAGCACCGUGUAGUCUACACGGUGCAACGACCCAGACGACAUCUAUCUUCGGACUCGGCGCCGUAAAAACCUCAAAUCUUCCAACUUUGGGAGUUUAGCAGUGGGCGAAAUUCCCGUGCAAAAAUAAUAGUUAUGGCUCACGGAAGCGGAAACUUAUUCCUAAGACUGAGGAAUGCUGUAAGAAAUUUUUUUUUCUUUCUGUCUGCUCCUGCAUAUAAACAUCGGAAACAUUCUUACAAAAUUUGUCACAAACCAGAAGGGAAGAGAUAACUUCUAUGAGGCGAAUAUGAGAGGAUAUUAAGACAGAUCUGAAAUAAAUAGGGCUAGAGAGUGUGAACUAAGCUCAGCUGAGUCAUGCAUGCUACAUAAACUACUUAACAUAGCAUUGUAAUAAGAACAUUCUUUGGUUAUUCAAAAGUAACCUUUUUCUGACAAGUAACGAAUCGAACAAAUAAUUUCCAAAAUAAGAUCCAGACAGAGUGCCAGUCUAACAUCUCCUGUAGUUUAUGUAGCGUCGUAAAUAAACCAAAGGACAAUACACACUUCUCCAGUUCCUGACCUCCACAGCCUUCAUUUCAGAAUGUUUGGUAACAUUGAAUUCGUAACCAUUUAUCUUAUUAUCUUCUGAUUGCCUACGCGAAAACCAAAUAAUCAUAAACUAAAAAUCAGAACGUCUCUUUCGAUUACUUGGCACUCCGGCUUUGGGAGGUCACGGGUUGAAAUCUGUGCUCAGAGACUAGUUGUUCUGAGGUUUCCGUUGUUUUCCUCAGUCCUUCCAGGUACAUUCCAGGAUAGGGUCGUUACGUAAGAUAUAAAUAAAGCUUAAAAUGUAAAUACUGUAAUUUAACCUGGUGAUUUAAACGCGCGUGAAAUUUAGUCUGUUGUCCUGGAAUAAUAUUUAUUGCGGGCAUUUGAAAAAAGGGUGUUUGGACGUACACUGAAAUUGCUGUGGAAGGCGAUACACUUUGUUAUCCAUAGGAUGGCUGCCUGAAAAUUACUCGCGUGGUUGCCCGAGGAUGCACCUUGCCAUGACAUGAUACAGCAAAUUGUUGGCUAAUUGUUAUAGAUGCCCGUGAAGCAAUCACGUGAUAACUCAAUAUUUCACUCUGAUGCCGUUCAGUACACGUGUGGUUAACUGUUGUUCGAUUACGUGACUUAGCUUGGUUAUUGUAUUUAGUGAAGUCUUUGCUGCCUCCAUCAUCAGGGCGAUUACCCUGAUGAUGGAGGCAGACUGCACGGCGCUACAGCCCGGAAGACAGCCUUCUUCUUAUCCACUUAAAUUUCAUAUAAAAAUCGACUUCCUAUAGCAGAAACGUAAGCGCCUAUACGUUGUGUUUCGAAAUGGUAAUUUAUUAAAUGACAAAUAUUUAAGAAUGAAUUCAGGUCUCCGUUUACUUGCUAAGGUGUUGCCCAGUAUUUGCUGGGAGGGAUGGGCUAAAAGGAACAGAAAAAUCGCUCACGAUAGUUAGCGUCUUCACAAAUUCAUAGCCCAGGGCAUGAGGAAUACGAAGGAAUGCUAACAGCUCACCGCGAAAUUCGAUUAGGUCUGUGUCUAAGUUGACAGUGCGUGUCGAGAAGUUAGUCAUCUGUGGCGGAUUUGUUUUGGUGUGAAGUCCGGAACGGAGGGAAGGGGGCAGACUUCCCCCCUCUAAAAGUGGGUGAUGAUGAUAAUAUAUCACAAACCUUGAAAAGCAUUUGGAAGUCAUCCAAGAGAAACACUCCAGUAUGGAACUACGGAAGGAGCACAUCUUGAGGAAGAUCUUAAAAUACCAUUUUAUUAAUUUCAAAUAAUAUUUUCCACAACUUACUGUGUAAUAAACCUCAAGGACAGAUCGAUUUUAAAGGGCACUGACGAUGGUGUGUUACAGUCGGAAUCACUAAAUUCUUGGACUAUGUGGAUCGUCUGCGUUUUUUUUUAAAAUGAACACUAUGUUUCGAAAGCUGGAUCUGCUUCCGUCCGCAGGUCACAUUCAGAUUCCGAAAUAUAGUUUUCUUUUAAAAACGCAUACCAUGGACAUAGUCCAAGAAUUUAGUGAUUCCAGCUUAAGGACAAAGUUUAGCCUCGGCUCAUGAAUACAGUACUUAAAACAUCGUGGAUUAUUAUUAUUAUUAUUAUUAUAAAAUACAGUAGGCCUAUGUGUUGAAUUUCGCUGUUAAUUUGUCAAGGUUAUGAGGUUCAGUAUUUUUGUUCGUUCUAAAGUUAUAAAGUCUGCUGAAAUGAUACAGCGAUUGAGCAAAGCGGAAAAUUUAUUGUAGUCGCAGUCAGGAACAAAUUGUUUUAUUGUAACUGUUCGGUUUUAAAUUUCAUCUGAUACAAACGUUCUAAAAUUGACAAGGUGUUCCAAGCUGCUGGCGUGUAAUAAGAUAAUUAAGUGCAAAGUAGAAUCAGGACAAGCAGAAAGUAAGAUAUUUCAGGCCUAAUUCGUUACUGUGACACCGUGAGUCUGAUAUGAAUAACUAAUGGUAUAGUGCAAUUGUUAUGGCGUCUUCUUUGGACAUUUUCCUUUGCCUGUGUUUCAUAUUUUGUAAUUAUAACAAUUACAACGUUUUAGAAACUGCCUGUAUAUAAUUGCUCCUGCAGAAUAGGCAUCUGUUCCUACCGCCUUUUCUUUUGUGUUUUAUCUGACGAUGGAGACAACCGGUCUCCGAAACGUCGCAGUUUCUAAAAUGUGCAAUUUAAAAAGUAAAGAGUGUAUAAUGUCCAAAGAAAAUAAGACAACAGUUGCUUUCGAAGUGGCUUGGUCUUUCUCGUUCGUUUCCUUUAGCGAAAACAGAACCUGAGAACCACUGGGACAGGCGUGUGUCCCGCUGCAUGUCCAUCUACUGUGUGGGAAGAUAACAGUGCCAUUCCCUUGCGUAGGUUCCCCGGUAGUUAUGUCUAGUGGCUUGAAAAUCCCUGCUGUAGGCUUCAGCGAUUCUCAGAUUCGAAAGUAUUUACGAAAUCCAGAGUUUGUAAUUCGAACACAUUGAAAUGAAUCAAUGAUGUUGAGCUU